AUGGUGGAUCGGGCCGUCGUUAUUUUCCUUUUUGCCCAGGAGAAACUGCUCUUCCGCUACCCGAUACACAACCCUUUUCACAUCGACGUCAACGGCGGUCUUGCUAGGGCGCGGGGAAAAUCCCCCGCGGUCGCUUCGGACACCACCACCACCGUGACCUCCAACGCGACGACGGCAACGACAAAGGCCUCAGAGCAGCAGCAACGGCAAAAACAAAAACAGCCUUCUACCGCCGCGCCAGCCGGUGUGGGUGUGCGGAAAAAGCGCCGUAACACGAUGCGCUCGCAUCCAACUCCAGCCACAGUGACAGCAGGCGAAGCAGUCGACUCCAAACGGGUUUUUGAUGCCGACGGCAGUGGCGCCGUAAAGGCGCCGCAUUUUGGGUUAACGCCCUCGUUGGUGGCUAACGCAGCACCGCAUGCCGGACACACAGGUGGAAACAGCAGGAAAGGCAGUCACAGCGAGGCGGGGGAGGAUGAUGAUACAUGCGUGGGGGUGCAAACAACGGUCCUCGUCCACCUCUUGCGUGCGAGAUUUUUGAGUUGCACGACGAUUCAGUUUGCUGGAUCGACGUUUCUCAUUUACCCGCUGCUUCCGAGCAAUGUCAAAGCUCAGAGGCUUGAUGCCGACGAGCCGAGGCGGUCCCGCAACUUUACCACAGACGGCGGCCUUGUCGACGUGGCUCAUGGUAACGGCGACGACGAGAACGAGGACGGCGAAGAGGGGAAAGUGGGCAAGGAGGAGGAGGAAGAAGAAGAAGGGGAAGGAGAGGGCAGGACAGGGAAGCGGGCGAAGGUCAAUAAUCCAUCGGCCGCCGCUUCGCAAGGUGUAGUGCUGGUUGUUGCCAUGAAUCAACCAGACAGUGAGAACGGUGUCAUUGCAAACCUGGUGCAGGUGUUUAUGAAUGUGCUCGUUCGCGAGGAGCUGCGCUCGCACUACGCCACGGAGCAGGUGCUGCGGAUGGAGCGACGGAUGCAGGCGUGGGAUAUGGGUGGCGACUGCAACGGCAAUGAUGGUGGCCUUGCCAAGCACGACGCGCCGCCUUGCUCCGGUCGCGGCAGAAGAAAACGCCUGUCUGCAUCGGAUAUGUUUGCAGAGCUUUUGAAGGACGCAGAGCUUUCGCUCUGCCGAGAGAUUUCUCUUCUCGCACAGCAUAUAACCGCCGUCAAACACAACAGCAAGACGGAAGAUGUUGUGAUGCCCUCAAGGCCCUCUCCAGUCGUUGGGCCAUCAAAUCCUCAUCGUGGCAGCGUUGGAAACAACAACAAUAACAACAGCAGCAGCAAGUCAAGGAAUAUAACUGGAAGUAGUAGUAGUUGUUGUUGUCAUCACAACAACGGCGGUGGUGGUGGUGGUGGUGUCAGUGUGGCGCCAAAUGUGAGCAGGGCGACGGAGCUUGUGGUUCGUGGGUUAUUCACUUUGCCUGUGGCAGCCAUUUUGGGGCGGCGCAGGUCCGCACCCUAUCACACAUCCGCCUACGUGAAACAAAAUCCAAAUCUCAUUGUGACACUAGAAGAUCCCUAUUUUGCCGAACGUCUGGCAAAACCGUACGUAGAGGCUGUUGGGUGGUGUGCGUCGCAGUUGCUGCCGUUAAGCAGCAUAUUCGCCACACUUGGGUCACUCUCCCGGCCGUGGCGCAUGGGUGGCUUGCACCGUGCCUUGGAACGGUGUUUGGCGAGUACCCUCUACCAACGACAGACGAUGAAGCAGCAGCAACAACAACAACAACCGCAAUCGCAAAUGGCCUUAGCGACUGGAAGCAAUAGUACAACCCGUUUUGGGUGGAUACGCACAGAGGAUAGCUUUAGCCAAGAGGGUGGCGGUAACCCCUUUUCACUGGAGGAUCAAAACUCCAGGUUGGACGUCGAUGCCCUCAUAGUAGAGGCGGUGGAGUUUCUUCGUUUGAGAGGGGCGCUGGCGAUAGAUGACGAGAUAACUGUGGUCUUCACACACGGUGACCUUUCCCCUGAGGCGGCAGGUGCGGCGCGCUGGCCACGCAAGAAGAAGGGCGGCACCGAUGCCUUUUGUCCAUUUUCCCCCACAACUUUUGCAGCAACGCAUUUUGUUUCUCCGCAGGAUGAGGGGUUCCCAAAGUCAAGGCAGCUGUCGGCGUCGCCGGUGGCCCCUGCGUCAAUGAUAGGGGUAUUGGUCUUCGAGGGAAUGCGGUCGUCGUGCGGCACCGCGCUCGGCGGGUACGGGGGUGGAUUGGGAACCCCGUUCUUUGGUACCGAUGAGGUACCAGACACGCCGGCAUCCUUCCUCAAGGCAACGGUGAAGACAUCCACAUCGUCAGCGCCGUCAUCGCCUCCAGUGUUUUCUUUGCCUAACACAAGUGGGGGUGAUGUUCCCCAGUUUGAAGUAUAUUGUGCUUGGGGCAAUGCGUGCCCCAUAUGUGAGGAGUUGGCCUCCGCCCCGCAUGCUUGGCGUAUAGGCAAUUCACCGAUUCGUUUAUCGUUUCCGUUUCUGGCAGCUCCCAUUGCGGAGGCCGCAGCACGGCGUGGCCGGCAGGGCACUCGCCUCAUCGAUCCCGAGUGCUGUCGGUUGAUGGCCGACCAACGACCGUGGUUUACGCGCGCCAACGCGUUUACUGUACCUGUGGCUCAGACGGAGGUUUCGCCGGUGCAAAAGUACCGCCACCUUACGCGCGGUUGUGAGGAUGCGGCUGCGCAAAAAGUGAAGGAGGCCGUGAAGGCAGGAGGAGGCUGCUCAUUGGUUUCCCGAGCGGACUCUGGGGGACGCACAAAACAGAAUAUUCCAACGAAGGAUGAGAAGUUCACCGCCAUCACGCCUGGAAGCACGCCGGUGAUGGUGCGGGAGUGGUUAGCGGAAAAUCGCAGCGUUAUUGAAGGCCGCCUUGCGGAUGCACUAAAGCAGAGGCAGUUAUUGGAGGAACACACCAAGCAAGUGACAGAGAAACGUGCGGCAGCAGCAGCGGCAGCAGCAGCAGCAGCAGUGGAAGCGGCAACGGCGGCGGCUUGUUCGAAUGCUGGUGGCAACCACGGUCAACAGCCUCAUUUACCAUUGCCAAGUCAACGCUAUCACAAGCGGGGCUUUUUGUCCCCGGGCUCGGUCCCUGGUUUCGCCGGAGAAGCCCUUCCGCUCUCCCCAGCCUCCCUCACCCCCUCCCAUGGCUCGUUCUCACCGUUGCGCCCCCACUAUGCAGUUGGGGACGGCCAGCUUAUUCCCACAAGACGUAUGAUUGGUGCUGAGCGGGUCGUUCCAUUUGAGGCUCUUAUGCAAUUUACCUUUCACCACACGGUUGCACUACUUUGGGGAAAGCCGGGCAUUGGUGUGGAGACGUUGCUGUAUUUGCUGGAGUGCAACCUUCGCCGUUUACGGCCUUUUCUGGCACACCACACGUGUCUGCAGCAAUUGAUGGUCGCCACCGGGUCCAACUGCGCCACGGCCGCUUUCAGUGAUACCGCGUCUUGCUCGUCGGAGCAGGCGGUGAGGUCUCUCUCUGCACAGUCUGUAGCGAACUCCUGCAACGCGUUCCAGGUUUACCCGUCAUGCCCUCCAACUACUUCCAUGCAGGGACAAGAGGAGGGGAGGCAGCAAAAAGGGGAGGGUGAAGAAGUACUAUCAAGCUUGGAACAACAACUGCUGGAGGCAUACACCGUAUUCACAGAGCUCUCCCUUAUGGAUUUGCUGCGGCAGUUACAUGGGAUGACGGUUGAGGUGGUGCCGACACGCCUGCUGUUGCACGCCGUUGUGAAUGCCUUUGCGGAUGUACUGCUUGUAGGGAGAGGGAAUAGCUGCGGUGGCUAA